CGCAGACAACAGCCAGAACGUAGGCCAAACGCGGCGGCUAAAUUUUUGACUUGUUUGGUUUCUCCGAUACAUUACGCGCCCGCAUAUUCCAUUAGCAGACGCAAUAAAAUUUUUGUCAAAUUUUCCUUAAAUAAUUCGUAUAAUAAAUUAAGAUUGCAAGUCCACCCCAACUGACUGAGAACCUUUCCAACAACAGUGUUUAAAAAAAAAGUCACAGACAGUGAGACAAAAUCGAUAAUUUAUUUAGUGCUAGUUUUGUGUGAAUAAAUCAAACGCCAUGCAAAUAAAAAGCCAAAGCAACAACAAUACAAAAACAAUGCUAUUGAUUUAUUUUUUGCUGGCUAUUUCAGCUGGCCAAAUACGAACAGCCGCUGGCAGUCGCAUUCUCGGUAUAUUUGGCCACUUUGGCUACAGUCACUUCAAAGUAUUUUACCCACUUUUGCGUACAUUGGCUGAGCACGGGCAUCACGUUACUGUGGUGACCCAUAUCAAAGCGCCGAACGACACUAAGCCUGCCAACUAUGAGGAGCUGUUAUUGGUGGGCCAUCAAACAACAAAUAUGGUUACUUUGGAUCUAAUACUACCACGGCGUCCGCUACAUUAUCUCCUCUUAGAGGCAGAAGUAUUGCAUAGCGAGGGACAGAAGUCCUGUGAACUCUUAUAUGAGAGCGGCCAUGUAGAUACGAUUUUGAAACUUCACGAGCAACAGCCAUUCGAUUUGGUCAUCACCGAGUACUUCAACACAGAUUGCCAGUUGGGUAUUCCAUACUUACUGCAAGUUCCGGUCGUGGGCUUAAGUAGCUGUAUAUUAAUGCCUUACUACUACGAUCGCAUUGCAUUGCCUGAUUUUCCUUCCUAUGUGCAAUCUGAAUUUGUCGGCUUCCCGGAAGUACUUAACUGGCAUCAACGACUGCUGAAUUUUGUGCAAAUGAAGGUGAUCAAGAAUCUUUAUCGUUAUCGCACAAAUUAUUACGAUCGCAAAUUGAUCAAUAAAUAUCUGAAGGUAGAUUUCGAUGUUGAUGACUUUGCACGUCGCAGCACCAGCCUUAUCUUGGUCAAUCAACAUUACACACUCACUGGCAAUAAACCGUUGACGCCGCAACUAAUUGAAAUGGGUGGCAUACACAUCGAAGAGAAGUUGGCAAAUACCACUUUACCUGUGAAUAUUGAGAAAUUCCUAAAAAAUGCACCACCCGAAGGAGUGCUCUUCUUUAGCUGGGGCUCCAUGGUGCGCUCUUCCAGCAUGCCCGCCGAGAAAGUGCAAACAAUAGUAAAAGCACUCGAACAACAGCCAUUCAAUGUGAUUUGGAAGUGGGAGACCGAUGAAGUGCCAAGCAAAAGCAAAAAAUUCCUAUUUGUCAAGUGGGCGCCUCAAUUGAGUUUGAUAUGCCAUCCGAAGGUGAAACUAUUCUGGGGACAUGGCGGCCUUCUCGGCACUACGGAGAAUAUCUACUGUGGAACACCGCUAAUCAUAACACCGCUCUAUGGCGAUCAAAGCUCAAAUGCGCAUGCGGCGGAGAAUCGUGGUGUAGCCACUAUUCUGCUUUACGACGAUAUCAAUGAGAAGAAUUUGUUAGCGACGCUAAAGGAGAUACGGCGUAAGAGCUAUGCCGAGCAUGCCGCAGCGUUGUCGCAUAUUUUCCGCAAUCAAGACAAGAAACCACUGGAGAGAGCUGUGUGGUGGGUGGAGCAUUUGUUGCAGGAACAAGGCAAAACGGCACAAAAGCUGCUGCAAACAAAGGCGACAAAAUUAAAUUGGUUCGUUUAUUAUUCGCUGGACAGCGUGUGCCUUUUGCUAGCCGGUCUCGGGGUGUUGAUAUUCAUUGGUCGUGCGGUUUUGCGAGUAUUGUGCGCGAAAAAAAGCAAUCAAAGUACCAAAGUGAAAACCCACUAAAAUAAGAAAUGGCUGCAUACGCACUUGCUUGCUUUGUAUUCAUACUUGUACAAUAUUUUUGUAUAUCUGAUUUGUAAAUAACUCAUCCUCAAUGCACGUGUGAAUACUUGAAGUAAACUGUGCGUAUAUUUGAAUCCAUCAACAGGAACGAAAUGCCUUAUCAGCCAUAUUUAUUGACAAUAUUUAUUAAUGCACCCUUUGUAGAGAUUUCAAAAUAAAUAUAUAUAUUUGUAUAUAUUUCAAAAA